ACCGCCCGCCUGAUUCAUUCAAGAUGGCAGCCCAGCGCGAUCUGAGGAGGUUGCGGUUGCUACUGUGGAGGUUGUGGCAGGCUCGAGGGGUUCCACAAAACCCGGGACUCGGCCUGAGCCUAAAAGCUAGAACUUAUUCCCAGAGCGACGGCCCGUACUCGCGUACGGCGCUCUAUGAGCUGCUCGGCGUCCCUUCCACGGCCACGCAGGCGCAGAUCAAGGCGGCCUACUACCGGCAGAGCUUCCUCUACCACCCGGACCGCAACUCCGGGAGUGCUAAGGCCGCCGAGCGCUUCACGCGCAUCUCUCAGGCGUACGUGGUGCUGAGCAGUGCUACCCUGCGUCGCAAAUAUGACCGAGGUCUGCUCAGCGACGAGGACUUGCGCGGCCCCGGCGUCCGGCCCUCCAAGAAGCCCACCGCUGACCCCGACUCGCCCCGCACCCCACCGCCUGCCUCUCGGGCCCACGGCCGUGGUCAGGCCUCGCCGGGCGCCAGCAACACCAUGUUCAACUUUGACGCCUUCUACCGGGCGCACUACGGCGAGCAGCUGGAGCGCGAGCGGCGCCUUAGGGCCCGGAGGGAGGCCCUUCGCAAGCAGCAGGAGGACCUCGCCAAUAAGGGCUUACGCUGGGAUGAGAUCCGAGACUCGGCUUUUGUCUUGUUUCUGCUCACAGUCUUCAUCAUCAUGAGUUUUCGUUUUUAAUUGGAGAGUGGAGGGAAAGGGGAGCAGCCCCCAGCCAGCACCCCCAACCCCCCAAGAAAAUGGCUGUGCGUGUCAUCUUGAACUCAUUGCCCUCCAUUGUCUACCUCUCCUGGGGUCCGAAGAAUUGCUCUCCCCCCUCUUCGUCCCCACCCGUCCAGUUUAACCACUGAUCUUCACAUCCCUAUCCCUCUGGUCCAGAUAAGGAGGCUUGUUGCUGCCCAAGAAAGAGGCCUCCAAUGAAGAGUCCCGAAAGUCCGAGAGCGAGAGGUUUCCUGGAGGCCCUGGGCUGCCUGCUUCCAGAUGUUGUCAACUUCUGGAAUACUUGCUCUAGCUUUCUUGUAAAGCUCUGAGCAAGACCUCGCCUGCUCCUACCCCACGUUUGUAGCGUGGGGCGUCUCUGUAACCUUGAAACGUGCAAUGUGACCAAUCAUGGCUGCCAAAAGAAAAUUCUGGGGUUGUACGAAA